AUGAGUCAGAAUCACGGAAACGCAUCAGGAAAUCAAAAUUUCGCCUUGGAAGAUCCAGUAAACCAAGUUGUGCAAUCAUUGCUGGAAACUAUGCAACGGAAGAUUGAGCAGCAGCACCGGCAGUUGGAGCAGCAGGAUCGGCGGAUUAAUCAACUCAACCAAUACAUUCAGAAACUAGAGAAGGAACAUGCCCAGCACAUUCAAUCAUGCCGGGUUCAGAAUCAACAGUUCACUAUGCACAUUCAAUCUCAUCAACUUCGGAUUCAACAGUUGUUUGCUUUGCAAGCAGGAGGACUUGGACAUCAUGAAUAUGGCCCACCGCCACUGCCCGACGUAGCUCGACACUGGGUACCACCACCACCGCCGCCUGAUGUAGCUCAGCACUGGGUACCAUCACCAUCACCACCACCAUCUGUUAUGACUAGGUACCCCGGACAAGGAAUUAGAAGAGAGAGAAGGCAGUCGAGUUAUGAAAGAGAUCGCAGUCGAUCCCCGGACCGAGGCGAUGGUAGAUAUCCAGACAGUCGUCGUGAGGGUAGAUUUGAUGGACCAAGAGGAGCAGACUCAGAAUUAGGCUCAUCUGCAUUGUGCUCAAUGCCCGGAGAGCUAGGAAGGAAUGUCGGCGGCGCAACUUUUUCGACUUCUAUACCACUAAGACCCAAGGUCAAUUCUAUGGUAGAUAAAGGAGAAUCUCAAUCACAACUUAGGGAUGAAUCGGAAGGAGGCAUUAUAAAGAGAGAAAUUGAUGGAUGA